AUGGCAAUGAACAUUCCUGGUGGAAACCCCUGGGGUCCAAGAGCAGGCGGUAAUCCGUUCCUCGCUGGCACCCGACCGGUGAUUGCGGACUUAGCUAUUGCGGCGCUUAAGGAUAGACAAUCAAAAAGGCGUCGCAGGAUUUGUCCUCAAUUCAAUCCCAACCGUUCACUUUUUCUUCUUACAAAGAGAAAUCCGAUUCGGCGUUAUUGUCUAAUGAUUGUUGAUGCCAAACCUUUUGAAUUCUUCAUCCUCGCAACAAUUCUUGCCAAUUGCAUCGCUUUGGCCAUCAAUCAUCCCUAUCCUAUGGGCGAUUACAAUGCUACAAAUGUUGCCCUGGAGAAGACAGAGCUGGUGUUUCUCAUUAUUUUCACUACUGAAGCCGUGCUGAAAAUAAUUGCCUAUGGCUUUGUUUUGCAUCCAGACGCGUAUUUGCGAAAUUUCUGGAAUGUGCUCGACUUCUCCAUUGUUGUGAUUGGAUUGGGCUCAAAAUGUCUCGAAAAUACCAAGUUGGAUGUAAAAUCGUUGAGAGCGUUCCGUGUCCUACGACCUCUUCGACUGGUGUCGGGCCUUCCAAGUCUUCAAGUUGUUCUCAACUCGAUUGUCACGGCUAUGGUACCAUUGUUUCACAUUUUCCUCCUCGUAAUUUUCCUCAUCAUCGUCUACGCCAUCAUUGGGCUGGAAUUGUUCCAGAGCAAAUUACAUGCCACUUGCUACCUUGUUCAGGAAAAUACCACUUACAUCAUGAUGGACAACCCACGUCCUUGCUCUAAUAGCUCUUACUCCAUGGCCUUUAACUGCUCUGAGAUUGGACCCAACUACGUAUGCCGGGAUUUGCCACCCGAGUUGGGCGAGCGCUACGUGGGACCUGAGGAUGGUUUGGUGAAUUUUGACAACUUCCUCUACGCUAUGCUCACUGUUUUCACCUGUGUCACCAUGGAGGGUUGGACAACCGUUGGGGCCUACAUUGCCGCCGCGGUUGGUCAUUGGUGGCCAUGGAUAUACUUUGUCAGUCUCAUUCUCUUGGGCUCCUUUUUUGUCAUGAAUCUCGUUCUUGGGGUCUUGAGUGGAGAAUUCACUAAGGAAAAGGAUAAGACAGAUCGAAAGGAGUUAUUCCGGAAGGAGAGACAACAAAAGAGGGAGCAGCAGGACUAUGAAAAUUACAAGGAGUGGAUUGAAAUUGCAGAGGACCUUUCUGAAUCGGAGGCCGAUGCGAAAAGUAACAAAGAGUUGGAGUCUGGUCUUAUGGAUGGGAAAAUUGUGGAGGAUCAGGAGGCCACAAGUGAGCCAACUGCUAGGUCCCAGUGCUGCGAAGGAAUGAGACGACUAAAGAAAUUUCGGAAACGUCUUCGAAGAGUGAUAAUAGCGUUUGUCAAGAGUCGCCAAUUUUUUGCGCUCAUUCUCACCUUUGUGUUCCUCAAUACCAUUGUUCUGGUCACCGAACAUCACAACCAACCACUCUGGCUCAAUCAAUUUCAGAAUUUCGCUAACGUGUUGUUUGUGAGCCUCUUCACUUUGGAGAUGAUCAUCAAGAUGUGCGCAUACGGCAUUCAGGACUACUUUGCAACCCUCUUCAACCGUUACGAUUUUUUCGUUGUUGUCGCCUCCAUUUUGGAGAUUAUUCUCACCUACUUGGGUGUUAUCGACCCAAUGGGGCUUUCAGUAUUGCGUUGUGCUCGUCUCUUGCGCAUCUUCAAAAUCACCCAUUACUGGGCUGGUCUACGAGGAUUGGUGAACCGUCUGCUGAAAUCGAUAAAAUCUGUUGCCGGUCUUCUGCUUCUCCUCUUCCUUUUCAUUCUCAUCUGUUCUCUUUUGGGUAUGCAGUGGUUCGGUGGCACCUUCAAUUUUCCCAACACUGACAAGCCUAGAAGUCACUUUGAUGGCAUCGCUCAGUCCAUGAUCACUGUUUUUCAGAUGCUGACUGGUGAGGACUGGAAUGCUGUGAUGUACAAUGGGAUGCGUGCCUACAAAGCCGAUGGCCCUUUGUUUGGUUUCGUGGUAAUUUACUUCGUCAUUGUCUUCGUCGUUGGAAACUAUAUUCUACUGAACGUCUUUCUUGCUAUCGCUGUGGACAAUUUAAGUGACGAAGACGAGGAUGAUGAAGAGGGCGGGAUGGAUGACGACAACGACGUUGACGAUCGACCUGGAUCUUCCGCGGCUGCCAAGAAAGCUGCUGAGGCAGCUGCUAAUGCGAAAGGUCCAUUAGAUGCCUACAUGGAGAUGAACUAUGAAGAGAUGUUUGCCGAGGAGGAGGAACCGGACGAUGGCAAUCUUGCCUCCAAGUUGGAACAAAUGGAGAUAAAUAUGGCAAACCCACAAACAAUUCCUCCUUAUUCAGCAUUCUUCAUCUUUGAUCCUACGAAUAAUUCAGCUCUACUCUGUGCUGAAGAUCCUCUAAACACGUACUCUUUGACCAAUCGGAUUCUAAAUUACUUCGACUACUUCUUCACAAGCGUCUUUACAAUUGAGAUCACGCUAAAGAUGAUUGCUCAUGGUUUCAUAAUGCACGAAGGUGCCUUCUUGCGAAGCAUGUUCAACCUUCUCGAUCUGAUCGUCGUCUUUGUUGCGCUAAUCUCCUUCAUGUUGGAAAAUGAGGCUAUUUCGGCGGUCAAAAUUCUUCGUGUGUUGCGUGUACUCCGGCCUUUGCGAGCCAUCAACAGAGCCAAGGGUUUGAAGAACGUGGUGCAAUGCGUGGUCACAGCCUUGAAGAGCAUAGGAAACAUUAUGCUAGUAACAGUUCUCAUUGAAUUCGUCUUCGCCGUCAUCGGAGUACAGCUAUUCAAAGGAAAGUACGUUUCUUGCAACGAUCCCUCCAAGCUCACUGAACAAGACUGCAAGGGCUUCUUUAUCGAGUACGAACACGGUCGACCAGCUGAUGUGGUGGAGAGGGUGUGGACUCAUUCGGAGUUAAACUUUGACAAUGUCGCGAAUGCCAUGUUGACACUCUUUGUUGUCCUCACCUUUGAGGGUUGGCCACCAAUCCUCUACGCGGGCAUUGAUUCCAACGAGGAGGACAUGGGACCUCUGCAGGAUCAUCGGAAGUACAUAGCUCUCUACUUCAUCAUCUACCUCAUUGUGGCCUCUUUCUUCAUGGUGAACAUAUUCGUUGGUUUUGUCAUUGUCACCUUUCAACGCGAGGGUGAACGCGAAUACAAAAAUUGUGAGCUUAACAAAAAUCAGCGUAAAUGCAUCGAGUACGCUUUGAAGGCUCGGCCACGGCGACGUUAUAUUCCCAAGGGCCAUCUCCAGUACAAGAUCUGGUCCAUGGUGGUGUCGCGCAAAUUGGAAAUCACCAUUUUCACAUUUAUCUUUUUGAAUACGGUUACGCUGGCAUGCAAGCACGAUAAAAUGGAUCCAACUUUUAGUAGUGUUUUGGACAACUUCAAUUACUUCUUCACUGCUGUCUUCACCGUGGAAUUCAUCCUCAAAUUGUCCGCCUUUAGCUUCAGACACUACUUUGGCGACCCAUGGAAUGUCAUUGACUUUAUCAUCGUGCUUGGCAGUUAUAUCGACAUUAUUGUUAGUAAGCUCUACAGCUAUUUUGGGUGUCUCGCCUCACAUUCCUCGUUGGCAUAUCCGCACCGACCCCUGGGCCUUCGAACCAACUGUGUUGAAAGACUAAUGUCUGCCGAUAUGCCCGAGGUGGCUGGACCUCGCGUUCGCUGUCAUGUUCAUGGUGAAAUUCAUCAGAGAGGGAUUGAUUUGGGUGACACUAUAAAGUGCUUCAAGUUGUUUCGAGGCGAAAUAGCACUUACCUAUGGUGAUGACGCCGAAGAGGGAUUGCCAUUGUUGCUAGACCAUGGCCAUGCGAGUACAAGCCUAGUUAUUGGACAGCAGAGGAACGCCUUGAAUAAUCUCGCUGUUGGACAGAGGGCGGGUGUUUUGACUGUCGCGACAUGCCACAGUAACCACUUGAAGGUGUGGCUAGCGAAUCUGCCCCGACCCCAGAGAAUAAUCAACUUUCACAGCCUGGAUAUUCCCUUUUUAGUUAUGGUGGCAUACGCCAGUUCUGAGACUACGCUGAAAUUCAACAUCAACUUUUUCCGUCUCUUCCGUGUGAUGCGUUUGGUGAAACUUUUGAGCAAGGAGGAGUCCAUUCGGAAGCUUUUGUGGACCUUCAUUAAGUCCUUACAGCCGCCAAUAAAGAAGUUCGGGCUGAAGACUUUGUCUAUCUCCAAAAGGAAUCUAUCUGCACUCCGUACUCUUUCUCUCGACGGUCUGCGGAAACUCGGUGAAUGGUGCAAGGGCUCCAAGGAUCGGAUGAGAAGUAGGGGCAAGGCGCUGCCCUACGUCGCGCUCUUGAUCGCAAUGCUCUUCUUCAUCUACGCCGUUAUUGGGAUGCAGCUAUUUGGAAAAAUUAGUCUUCAUCAACCAGGCCUGGCGCCCGGAGAAGACGGCGUUAUUCAUCGUAGCAACAACUUCCGCAACUUCUUCUUCGCCCUUCUCGUUCUUUUCAGAUCGGCGACUGGUGAAUCCUGGCAAGAGAUAAUGCUCGCCUGCACCCCAGGUCGAAAAUGCGCGGUGGACUCUGAAGAUGGAAGUGAGGGCAUGAAUUGUGGGUCGAACUUGGCAUAUCCCUACUUCAUAACUUUCUACCUCUUCUGUUCUUUUGUGAUAAUCAAUCUUUUUGUUGCGGUCAUUAUGGACAAUUUUGACUAUCUUACGCGAGAUUGGUCAAUCCUUGGACCUCAUCAUUUGGAUGAAUUUGUGACUCGAUGGGCUGAGUACGAUCCUGAAGCCAAGGGUCGUGUUCGACAUUUGGACGUGGUGACAAUGCUGGGAAAGAUUAGUCCUCCCCUAGGCUUUGGAAGUAUGUGUCCCCACACUCGAGCUUGCCAUAAAUUAGUGCAAAUGAAUAUGCCCCUACAAAGUGAUGGAACAGUCUUCUUCAAUGCCACUCUCUUCGCUUUGGUUCGACGCAAUUUGCGUAUCAAAGUUCCUGAAGACGAUGAGAAGGAGAAGUCAUUGGAUCAACUGAACGAGGAGCUUCGAAUCGUCAUUAAGAAAAUAUGGAAACGAACCAGUCCCAAGCUUUUAGAUCAAAUUCUUCCGCCAAAAGACCUGGACGUUGUGACGGUGGGCAAAUUCUACGCCACUUUCCUCAUUCAAAAUUGGUUUCGUGAAUGGCAGAAGAGAAAAAUGAUUCAGAAAGACACUCGCUACAUCCCACAAAUUCUGGCUGGCGAUCGCUCGAUGCCGCAUCAACCGACAAUCGUGGGAUUCCCUCGUCGCUGCUCCUCCGACCUUACUGGCGACGAUAUUCAACGUAGGAAGGGUGAAAAGCGCGAUAUGAUCCCAGGUGGAGGCAUUCUCGGUCGAACUUUAACGGAUUGGACACGGAAGCGAGGCAAGAAACACAUCUCCUCGGGCCAUCGAGAUAUUACUGAGGAUGUAAGUGAGUUUCGAAAGCGCCAAUCCCAAGCCGGCGGAGGUGCGGGUGGUGCCGGUGUUGGUGGAGGCGUACCUACUUCACCGACACAACCAAGUGGCCAAAUGCCCUCAAUUCAAGUGACUGCUGCCCAUCCUGCGGUCAUUGCUGUGGCCAAUCUUGGUGAUAAAAAAAUCAAAACAUCAAUUCCGGCACCCAGUGGAGAAGAGAAAGGCGGUGGAGGAAUCAUGGGUCUUAUUCGCCGCGGCAGCUCCUACCUUCGUCGAAAAGAGGCUGAAGAACAGCAACAAAGACAAGAGGAGGAGCGGAAAGAGGAUCUCGAAAUCGCUCGAUCGAUGUUUGCCGCCGCUCGCAGAGAAUCCUACUAUGCCCGUCGGGCAGACUAG